CCAUGUUAUUACUUGACCAUCCAUAUAUGUACACACAAGUGUUCUGUAUACGAAACUAGAAAUUGUUUUAAAAUGGUUGCUCCUAAAGUCAGCUUUCCAGAGGAUGAUUUUGGAAAACGAUUAGAUCGAUGUUGCACCGAUGUGUUAAUAAAGGGAUCAACCGGUUUAUUUGUGGGUGUCACUUUUUCACUUUUGAUGCUGAAAAGAAAAUCUUGGCCUUUAUUAAUUGGAUCGGGAUUUGGUGUGGGCGUAGCUUUUAAGACAUGCGAAAAGCAUUUAAAUGUGUAAAAUGUGUGUAAAUUAACUUGUUUAAAAGAAAUGAUAAUAAACUGAUUAUUGGAGGUAAAA